UGGCUCAUUAAAUUUAACCCUUGAUACCUUCUUGUUUUCUAGGUUUCAUUUCUUUCCCAUUUCUUCCCCUGAUUGUUGGUCUUAUUCCAGUAUGGUGUUUGCUUUUCUCUGUCACUCAAUAGCUGCUACUCCAGUAAGACUCUUGUACUCUGCUGUGUACGGGGAAGAUAUGCAAACAGCACUGAAAGAGAAUGUCCCAGUGGAAGAUUUUCGCAUGACACGUAAAGAGCAAUUGUUGCAAAUUGCUUGUAGAGUACAGUCAGAGGUUGGAUUCAGAAAAGGUGCUAAAGACCGUGUGCUAAAAGGAUAUGCAAUUCGUGACGAAUCUAUUGAUGGUCAAUCAUUCGAAAAAGGUUUGUUCAGAUUGUCGACUGAUGAUCCUUUCCCUACACCAAAGACUGUCAUUUGGCAAGUUUCUGACAACUGUACCUUUGUGUUGGUUUGUGAACAAGAUGAGAACAGGAUAUUAGCCGAAACAAUACUCUCAUUCAUUGUACAGUAUAGCCACGCUCACAUAAUGAAUAUGGAUCAGAAAAUGGCGGAAUUACUGCUCAAAGGUGAGUGGCUAUCAUCAGUGCUUCAGGUGAUGCUAAACAAUGGACAGUUGAUGUUCAUGAAUAGCAAAGUGAUUAAACAAUUAGAGAAACAAUUGGACGCUAUUGUAUUAUCAAAAUAACGACAUCAAAAAUAAUAUUAUAUUUAUUGUUAUUUUUAUUGAACUUGCUGCACUUGCAUUAAUUGAUAAAUGAAAAUAAUAUCAAAA